AUGUCUGCACCAAAACCAAUACCACUUUCUUCGUUGUCAGCGCGUGACCUUUCUGGACUGCAUCAGACCCUUCAGAAUGAAUUGUCUGAUUUACAGCAGAGCUACGAGGAUUUGUAUUCGGUCCAACAGACAUACUUAGACAACAAAGACAUAAUAAAAAACUUGAAGAAUGACCGCGUCGUUGGGAAGCCAAUGCUUGUCCCAAUGAAUCAGUCUCUUUAUAUGAAUGGAACUAUUGAUUCCUACGACAGAGUUAUCAUUGAUGUCGGAGCAAAUUACUUCAUCUCAAAGAAGCUUCCCGCUGCUUUGGAGUUCUACGACAGAAAAAUCAAAUUUGUCGAAGAACAGAAAGAAAAAAUCCUAAAAAUUAUCACUGAGAGAAAAGAUAUGAUCGGCGCAGUCCAAGAGCAAAUCGGGAACAUCCUCGCAACACCAGCUCCACAAAUCCCACAGCAGAAAUAA